AUGUCUGGCAUCCUGAGGCAGACCAUCAACCUUGGUCGCCUGUACAGACCGACUUACCAAAUAUCAACCCGUGGCCGCCCGCUAUCAUUAAGACCUGCUUCCAUCCCGCGACCAACAUUCGCAUACCAGCGUGUCCGCCGUUACGCCACCCAACCCGAAGAGCCUCGCGACAAGGAUGAAGCCAAGGACAAGACUCCGGGCCAGUCCGCCCCGGGAAUGGAGCAUCUCUACAACAAGGGCGGCCCAUUAACAAAUGAGAAGGCUGGUGCAUCUGAAUCCGAUUCCCUUCGUCCUGGCUUCGCGAAGCUUACCCCCGAGGAAGAGAAGGAGCUCGUCGAGGUCUUCAACCAGAUCAAGAAGGGUAUGCCCGCUUCAAUGGCCGAGGAAGUAGAGAAGAGUUUUCAGAAGAUUCGCAAGGACGGUAUACCUCAGGAGCUCCGCGACACCAUGGACGAGGUCAAGCAAGGCCACAUGACCCCCGCUGUCGCCGCUCGCCUGUGGCGUCAAGUAUCUUCCAUGGCUAGAAAGACUGCUGAGAGCGAUAUCAACGAGGCCAAGGGCGCUCAGCAAAAGUCUGGUGCCCACGAUCCCGGUGCUGGUUCAAAGUCAAAGUCGAACAACAAGGGCGAAGACAAGGAUGGCCCAGCCUACAACAUCAAGGAUAUCAAGCUGGAUAUGAACAGCAUCAUUCUUUCGGCUUUCACUUCAUACCUCAUCUACCGUCUGGUCGUUCCUAGCGAGAACUCGCGCGAGAUCACAUGGCAAGAGCUGAGAAACACUUUCCUCGACAAGGGCCUCGUCGAGAGACUUGUCGUGGUCAACAACAACAAGGUUAGAGUGCACGUUCACCAGCAAUCUGUCCAAGCCAUGUACCCCGAAAGCCCCGCUGCUCACGGCAACUUCUACUACUACUUCUCCAUCGGCUCGGUCGAAGCCUUCGAGCGCAGACUCGACGAGGCACAGGCCGAACUCGGCAUCCCAUCAUCCGAGAGAAUCCCCGUUCAGUACAGCCGCGAGGUAUCUUGGGCUGACACGAUAUUGAGCUUCGGUCCUACCCUGCUAUUCAUCGGUGCCAUUUUCUGGCUUUCGAGGAGAGCAGCAUCUGGUGCUGGUGGCGGUGGCGCUGGUGGUGGUAUCUUCGGUAUGGGCAAGAGUCGUGCUAAGAAGUUCAACCACGAGACCGACGUCAAGGUUAAGUUCGCCGACGUUGCUGGUAUGGACGAGGCAAAGGUUGAGAUCAUGGAGUUUGUCAACUUCUUGAAGCAACCCGAGCGCUUCCAGAAGCUCGGUGCAAAGAUCCCCAGAGGUGCUAUUCUUUCCGGUCCUCCCGGUACUGGUAAGACUUUGCUCGCCAAAGCAACUGCUGGCGAGUCUGGCGUACCUUUCUUCAGUGUCAGUGGUUCCGAGUUCGUUGAGAUGUUUGUCGGUGUUGGUGCCUCAAGAGUCCGCGAUCUGUUCCAGAAUGCCAGAAAGAGCACACCCUGUAUCAUCUUCAUUGAUGAGAUUGAUGCUAUUGGAAAGUCAAGAUCGAAGCAAAACUUCGGUGGUGGUAACGACGAGAGAGAGGCUACCCUCAACCAGAUCCUCACUGAGAUGGAUGGUUUCGCCAGCACUGAACAGGUCAUUGUCCUUGCUGGUACCAACCGUGCUGAUGUUCUGGAUCAAGCUCUUAUGCGUCCUGGUCGUUUCGAUAGACACAUCUCGAUCGAUAAGCCGACUAUGGAUGGACGCAAGCAGAUCUUUGCUGUUCACUUGAAAAACAUUGUCACAAAGGAAGACAUCGAGUAUCUCAAGGGUCGCCUUGCAGCACUUACCCCUGGUUUCUCUGGAGCAGAUAUUGCCAAUUGCGUCAACGAAGCCGCUUUGAUCGCCGCUCGUGGUAACGCUGACACUGUCAUGAUGAUCCACUUCGAACAGGCCAUUGAGCGUGUUAUUGGUGGUCUCGAGAAGAAAUCGUUGGUUCUCUCGCCCGAGGAGAAGCGCACAGUCGCAUACCACGAGGCUGGCCACGCUAUCUGUGGUUGGUACUUCAAGUACGCCGACCCUCUCCUCAAAGUCUCGAUCAUUCCCCGUGGUCAGGGAGCCCUUGGAUACGCACAGUACCUUCCCUCUGGUGACACCUACCUCAUGUCAUACCUGCAGCUUCUGGACCGUAUGGCCAUGACUCUUGCUGGUCGUGUUUCCGAGGAAAUCCACUUCGAGACUGUCACAUCUGGAGCAUCAGACGACUUCAACAAGGUUACCCGUAUGGCCACCGCCAUGGUCACCAAGUGGGGUAUGUCGCCCAAGGUCGGCUACCUCUACUUCGAAGACGACCCGAACCAGCUCCAGAAGCCCUUCUCAGAGGAGACCGCCCGCAAUAUUGACACCGAGGUGAAGCGCAUCGUCGACGAAGCCUACAAGCAAUGUCGCGACCUGCUCGAGGAGAAAAAGAAGGAGAUCGGCAUCGUCGCCGAGGAACUGCUUCGCAAGGAAGUCCUGACGCGCGACGAUCUCGUUAGAUUGCUUGGUCAAAGACCCUUUGAAGACAAGGGCGACUUCAGCAAGUACUUUGGCGGCCGCGGCGACCGUGAGGGUCCCGGUGCAGGUAUUCCUGGCCUUCCCGAGAAGCCUGAUGGACCUGUUCUUCCUCCCGGUUCCUCCAACCCUGCACCGGUGGUAUUCAAGGACCUGAACCAAUAG